GCAGGCUGGGGAAGAUGGCGGCCGGUUCGCGGCCGAGUCGCCGGCCCUUUGCCGAGCCGUCCUUGAUUGACAGUCCUGAGGAGGCGACGACCUCUUCCUUAAGGACCUCGGCGGAGUGGGACACGGAGGUGGUGGAAGGGUUCUCGUCUGCCGGCCCCUGCAGGCUGGUCACGGAGGUGUCCCCCAUGGAGCUGCGGCUGCCGGGGUGGCUGCAGCCGGACAGGUGCGCCGUGUUCCAGUGCGCGCGCUGCCACGCCGUGCUGGCCGACACUGUGCACCUCGCCUGGGACCUGUCCGCCUCCCUCGGGGCGGUGGCUUUCUCCCGAGUCACCGAGAACGUCGUCUUGGAAGCGCCUCUUCUGGUUGGCAUUGAAGGUUCACUCAAAUACAGCACAUACAACAUCUUAUUCUGUAGUUCCUGUGGGAUUCCCAUUGGUUUCCAUUUAUAUUCCACCCAUGCAUCUCUGGCUGCAUUGAGAGGUCACUUCUGCCUUUCCUGUGAUAAAAUGGUGUGCUAUCUUUUAAAAACAAAAGCCAUAGUAAAUGCAUCUGAGAUGGAUAUUCACCAUGUACCUCUACCAGAAAAAAUUACAGAGCUAAAAGAGCGGAUAAUGCUAACGCAUACUCACUUAAAUUCACUAAUGAAGAUUCUGAAGGACAUGAUUCCUGAUUGUUCCAACCAAGAAAAGUGACACAGAUCUGAGAUGGAUAAAACUAGUCACUCCAUCUACAGGGAGGAUUAAAAGAAUUAAAGAGUAUACAUAAUUGGAACAACUGGAUACUCCAAGGAAGAAAAAAAAAAAGAAACUGAAUCUUCCUCUGUGUAAAUCAAAGAAAUGUGAAGAUCUACAUGUUAAAGGUGCAAAAGCUUUCAGAACAGAACACAGGAAGAAAUCUUCAUUAUCCCAAGGUAAAACAAACAAACAAACAAAAAAAACCCGGGUGUGGUGGCACACACUUUUAAUCCCAGCACUUGGGAGGCAGAGGAAGGAGGAUUGCCGUGAGUUCGAGGCCACCCUGAGACUAUAGUGAAUUUCAGGUCAGCCUGGGCUACAGUGAGACCUACCUCGAAAGACAAAAACAAAUUCCCUAAUCACUAAUCAUAUGAAAGACUUCAGUACUUUACAGUUCAGAGCUUCAACAAAAGACAGAUUGAGGCUGGGGCACACCUUUAAUCCCAGCAAUGGGGAGGCAGAGGCAGGAGGAUCACUGUGAACUUGAGACCACCCUGAGACUACAUAGUUAAUUCCAGGUCAGCCUGGGCCAGAGUGAGACCCUACCUAGAAAAACCAAUGGAAAAAAAAAAAGACUAAUAUGUGGAAAAUAUAUACCAACUGCUGUACAUCAGAGAAAAUCCAA